UUCCAACUUUGCACACCAUUGUAUCCAUGGAUUUUCGAAGGCGCCUGGCACAGGGCAACUCUAACUCCCCUCGUAGCGGUAGGUCGCCGUCGACAGCGUCUUCCUCGUCGUUGCCCAUGACGCCCCGCAAGGCUCGCGUGUCCAUCGGCAUCCACCAUUCACCAGCGUCAACGCCGUCAAUCUCGUCGUCCGUACCCUUUGACUGGGAGGCUGCGCGCUCGCGACGCCCGGCUCCCUACUUGACGCCUCAACAAAAUAAAUCCAAUCGACCCAGGCCUAGUGUCUUGGGAACGCCUAGGAGGGCUAUCGUGCGCAGAAAGAGCUUAUACGAAAAAAUAAUAUCUCUUCCUUCGCAAAUUGCCUUUGAGAUCGCUCUCUUCCCCCAUAAUGUCCCUUUACCAGCACCUAGGACAUCAGCGUCAAUCAUCGGAGGACUGUGUCAUCUGCUCCAUCUCUGUGUGCGCGUCAGCCAAGUUCGGCAGGUGCCAGACUCUGAUCUAGGAUGGGAGGAUAUGUAUCGUGAAGACGAAGGCGUAUCGUGGUUCGACUGGACUGUUCCCUUGACAUUGCUCCUUAUCGUCGGGUCAUUGGCAAAUUCUAUUUUUCUCUUCACUCGCAUUCGCCUCUACCACUUGCACAAACAGCCGGAUCCCGUCUUCUCCCCAAAUGCUAAAUACGUUUCCGCAGAGCUGGACUUUGACCCCCUCGAGCCACCAUCUCUGUUGUCACGAUUCCAUUCCGGCGCUUGGGUAGCCUUCCUGGCGUUCUGGCGUUUUUUGUUAGGGAUCGAACCAUUAAAAUCGACUCCGGGCAAACGGAUGUCCAGAGUACAGCAAAUUGACAUGUGGAGUCCCGGAGACCUGGAGACGCUAUUAUUUUGCAUCUAUUCCCCCGCACAUGCGCUACUGUGGUGCGCGACAGGCUCUUCAAAUUGGAUGAUCAUGCUCCUUAUCAUGGGCAUCGUUGGACUUCAGUUGAAUACACUGACUGCAUCAUACAAGGUUCUUGUGAAAGACAAGGAAAUCAUUGCCGCUGAGGUGAUGCACGAAUAUAAUGAAGGAUUUGUGUAUCCACGUAUUAAUCCCAUCCGCAAGGAUGUUGCUAUCAUGACUCACCAGUCGGAAAUCGUCGACGCGUGGGAGAAUUAGGCUCAGAUUCGGACGUAUACCUCACAUAAGCAUUGUACACCUCUACCGCAUUUACCAGUUCCUUUCGGGAGGAAUCCCCAGCUAGAGAUCAGUCUCGAAGCCACAGUAAUGACGGUAGACAAAUGGUUACAAUCUCCGUGCAGAAGUGGGAUGUAUCUGUCGUCGGGAUCUUCUAGUUGGGCGACAUAGUUGCUGCAUUUAGCAUACUAUACAGAAGCUUCAACCCUGCACCCAUCCAAACAAUGAUCAC